ACAGAAACGGGAAUUCAGGUUUGGGUCAUUAUAUUUAAUACGCGGGUCUGCAGCUUUCUAUGUUCCUUUCAUUUUAUAUUAUUAUGCCAAAUAUAUUAAUGGAUGGUGUUAACAUAAUAAUAAUCGAUCACUUGUUUAAGUGCAUAAAACAGGGAGUGAAAGGUGACGUCCAAGCAGGUUUCCAUUUUUUAAGCCCAGUCCUUAUUAGCCUUUUUUUUUUUUUUUUUUUUUUUUUUU